AUGCAGACUGUAAUUGACAUCCACAAACUGUCUUUCCUAUCAACAUUCUUGCUUAAUCAUUCUUCUGUAAUUUCAGUUCAAAAAAAAAAUGAAAAGUUGCAGAAUGAAUUCAAUUCUGUGCAGUCAACUAUAACAACAAAUGACAAUACAACUGGUGCCUCUGGUUGCGUGCGUUCACUUGGUUUUCGGUUGAGCAACAGAAUAGUGAAAGGGCUUGUGGAAGUAAAACAACUGAUUGGAGAUGGCAGAGCCUUUGAGGACAAAAUAGUGGGGGUUAAUCCUGUGCCUAAUGCAGUUGAGUAUAUUCCUGCACCAUUUGUCGAAGCUCAACCAACAGCAAAAAGAAAUCUGGACAAGAUGAUGGGUUUGCUGAAGAGAAAUGAAAAGGCUAAGACGAUUGGGGUAUGGGGCAUGGGAGGAGCGGGGAAAACUACUUUAGUCAAGAAUGUGAACAAUGAGCUCAGUAAGGACCCAACAAAUCAGGUUUUCGACAUUGUAAUAUGGGUUGUUGUGUCUCAAAAUGCAUCUGUAGAAAUCAUCCAAUCAAAAAUUGCUACGCGAUUGCAAGUGACAAUAAACAAAGAGAGCGCAGCCAGUUAUUUGUACAACAAACUUAAGGGAAAAAGAUUUCUCUUAAUUCUUGAUGAUAUAUGGGAAGGAGUUGAUCUGAAUGAUGUAGGUAUUCCUCCACUUGAAGACCAUGAUAGCAAGGUCAUACUAACCACUCGAAAUUUCCAUGUAUGCCAAGAAAUGUCUACUGAUACUGAGUUCGAAAUAGGUCGUUUGAGUGAUGAAGAAGCUUGGAAGUUAUUUUCUGAGAAAGUGGGGGAAGAAGUGGUGAAUGAUGACCAAAUUAAGGCGUCGGCAAAGGCCAUUGUUGAGGAAUGCGAUGGAUUGCCCCUAGCACUAAUCAUUAUAGGGGCAUCAUUGAGGAAAAAGACAGAGGUUGCACUGUGGAAAAGUGCAUUAUACGCCUUACAGAAAUCAGAGCCUACUCAUAUUCAUGGUGUUGAAGAAAAGGUGUAUAAACCCCUCAAGUGGAGCUAUGAUUCUUUAAAAGUUAAGCAGUUGAAAUCUUGCUUUUUGUUUUGCUGCUUGUAUCCAGAGGACUUUGAAAUUGAUACUGGUAGACUAGUUCAUUAUUGGCUAGCUGAAGGUUUACUUGAUGAGCAACAAAACUAUGAGCAAUUAGAAAAUGAUGUUAAACGCAUUGUUGACUGCUUAAUAGGCUCUUGUUUGUUAGAAAAGUGUGCAGUGGGCAUUGACAAAGUGAAGAUGCAUGAUGUAGUUCGUGAUGUUGGGGUAUGGAUAGCAAAAUCUUCAGAAGACUGGUGCAAAUCUAUUAUCAAUUCUGGAAUUACCGAGAUGCAGAUCUCACAGCAACUAUUGAGUUGUUCUGACAAAGUGAAGAGAGUAUCUUUUAUGAAUAGCAAAAUAGCAUUUUUGCCAGACUGCAGCAUACAUUGUCCAGAAACAACAGCUUUGAUUCUGCAAGGUAAUAGGGGCCUUCAUGAACUUCCUAACCCAUUUUUACAAGGAUUCCAAAUGUUAACAACUUUGGACCUAAGUAAAACUAAUAUCAUGUUAUUACCUGACUCUCUUCUUCAACUUGGUGAACUUCAAGCUCUCAUUUUAAGACACUGCCAGUCAAUACGUGAGUUGCCUCCCCUUGAAGCUCUGAGAAAACUGCAAAUACUUGAUUGUAGUUUUACUACUAUAGCUAAAUUGCCAGUCGGCUUUGAAACGUUGGCAAACUUAAAGAUAUUACUCCUAGAAGAAACUCCUAAGUUGAGAGAAAUUCCUACUGGAAUAUUUUGCAAGUUACAUAAGCUGGAGUUUCUUAGUAUGGAAGGCAGUGGUAUCCGAUGGGGAACUAGGGAUACAAUUGAGGCAAAUGCACCAAUUGAAGAUUUGCUAUGCCUAAACCAAUUAAUUGUCUUAUACAUACAUUUCAAAAGCAUUCGUUGUUUCACAACCCAGCAUACUUCUUGGUUCAAGAGAAUUAAAAAGUUUAGAUUUCAUGUUAAUGAUCAUAGUGCAUAUUGGCCUAGUCAAAUUGAAAAUGAAGUGUUAUUGAAAGGCCUUCAUUUCUCAGGUGAUGAAAUGGUUGGGUGGUUGUUACUAAAUGCUCUUUCCUUUGGUAUUGUGCAUUGUGAGAAAGUGGAUCUCAUGCUUGAUAGCUUGGUAAGAAAUAGUGCCAGCCUUGGUCCCUUUGUUAACUUGAAGAAACUAAGUAUCAUAUAUUGUUGCAUAUUUGGGAAACCAUUGUCCUUGGGGAGAUGCGAUGAACAAAUAGACUUGUUACCUAAUUUAGAGUUCCUUAGUUUAAGUGGGGUGAGCGGAUUGGAAAGCCUUUCAAGUUUCAACAAUUUUCUUGGACUAGGUUUCAAGUUAGUUCCUGUUGGGAUUUGAAGAGUCUACUAGUAAUGGAUGGAACUCUUCAAAAGCUUGAUAAAGUGGAAAAAAUCAGUAUAAAUGGAUGUAUGAAAUUGACACAAGUGUUCAAGAACACACUUAUGGACAACAUUGUUCCAAACCUUCGGACCCUGAAAUUGCUUACUCUUCCCGCACUAAAGAGAAUAUGCAAUGCAAAUGUAUCAUGGAAAAGUCUAGAACAACUUGAAGUGGGAGAGUGCAAUAUGUUGGGAAAACUGCCUCUUGGUAUGCAAAGUGCAGAAAGUAUUGAGUCUAUAUUGGGUGACCAACAUUGGUGGGAUGCACUAGAAUGGGAUUCUGAAAAUUUCAAAGAGCAUCUACAACCACACUUUAAAACACCUCAACAUGGCUAAGCAAACUGGACACUUAGUGGCGGUAUGGAUGUGGGAGCAUCAACUCCUUUCCUGUGGGCUUUUGAGGAGCGGGAGUUUCGG